AUGGGAGAUAGGAAUAAUUUCCACGAGCUGUCCACCGAGCCAUACGGUAUUUUCUGGCAAGAAGACUUUGUCGAUUCCGAGCACGAGCAACGACUCAUCUCGGUCUUUUCCAACGAGCUAGAAUGGCCCGACCGCCCUGGUCGGAUAUCACUGCACUACGGCUAUAGUUUCGACUAUAAAACAUUCGGGAUAGACCCCGAUAUUCCAUACAAGGAAUUCCCAGAAUGGCUCCAACCUCUCAUCCCAACAACUGAGGACCGACCUCCAGACCAGGUCUGUCUGCAGUAUUAUCCUCCAGGCGCGGGAAUCCCGCCCCAUGUAGAUGCACACAAGCCAUAUGACCAGCUCUACGCGUUAUCUCUUGGUGCGCCGGCGAUGAUGAUAUUCCGCCGGGGCGAGGAACGCAUCGAGGUCGACUUGACCCCGCGGACCAUGAUGCAAAUGAGCGGCGACUCGAGACUACAUUGGACGCAUGGUAUCAGGAAGCGGAAGAAUGAUACCCUCCCAGAUGGGACAGUGAGGCCGCGCGGGAAGCGGUGGAGUAUCACUUAUCGCUGGCUCAGGGAUGGGGAAUGUGAAUGUGGGAAUCUGGAGCUAUGUGACACGGCUCAGCGGAGGAAUGGCAUUGAAAAAGAGAAAAGAUCGCUGAAGGCAUUGGCGGAGCAGGCUGCGCUUCAGGAAUCGGUUGUAUAG